AUGGAGAUGAAAGUGAUCACAAUGAAUGAAUUCGUGAAACAUCCACAUCUAGUGCUCGCCACAUUUUAUGGGCUCGACUACUGUCAUACUUGGUAUUUAUCAAGACCAUGUGUGACAGCUUUAACUUGCAGUAUAUUCAUACUGCCACUGUGCUUUUUUAAAAGACUGGACGUUUUAAGUUAUGCAAGUUCUGUUGGCUGUGUAACUAUUGUAUAUGUUGUAUGGUUGAUAACUUACAAAAGCUUUACCGAGCAUGACAAUACUGUACCACCUAUGAAAAUUUGGCCAGAUAGUGGGUACGAGAUUCUGCAGAUAGUACCUAUUAUUUGCUUUGCUUACCAGAGUCACAUGACUGCGAUACCAACUUACGCCUGCAUGAAGGACCGUCGUCUGGGCAAGUUCACAUUCUGUGCUGUGAUUAGCAUGCUGAUCUGCUUCGUCGCCUACACUACGGUCGGUUAUUUCGGCUAUGCCAUGUUUGGCAGUGACAAAGUACCAAGCGAUAUUCUGCAAGGCUACACUGAUAAGAGCGUUGUGCUGACUGUUGCGAUAAUCGCGGUUGCCGUAAAAAAUUUCACCACUUAUCCCAUUGUAUUGUACUGUGGUCGGGACGCGCUUCUCGGUAUAUUUAACGUAGAUCUCAAUCGAAUCGGCGUUCGAGUGAUCGUUACAUUGGUCUGGUUUAUCUUAUCGUUGGUUAUCGCUAUUCUGGUGCCGGACAUCUCGCCAGUGAUCAAUUUACUUGGAGCAUUAUCUGCAAUGUUUAUCUUUGUGCUGCCAGGGAUUUGUCUUCUGCAGAGCAUACUCUUGAGAGAUCCGGAACUAUACUUGAACAAGGAUCGCCUGUUGAUCGCUUUCGCAAUUUUUCUGACCGCGCUCGGCGGUUUUGUGUGUGGUAUCGUUUUCAUUGAGGCUCUUGAGGAUCUACGCAAAAUGCCGGUUAAACCACAGAUGGUUACUGGCUUCAGACAGCUCAGAGACAGUUUAUGUAUUUGAUCGAGCUAGACGUCGCAUAAG